AUGUCCGCAUUGAAGAUCCCACUUUUCAAAAUGAAGAACCUGAUACUGAUCUCAUGCCUCUUAGGAGUGAGUUUUGCAGUGCCGAUGUUUCCUCAGCAACCUGGGACCCCGGGCAUGGCUAGUUUGAGCCUUGAGACAAUGAGACAGUUGGGAAGUCUGCAGGGAUUAAACAUGCUUUCUCAGUAUUCUAGAUUUGGCUUUGGGAAAUCUUUUAAUUCUAUGUGGCUGCAUGGUCUCCUCCCACCACAUUCCCCUUUCCCAUGGAUGCGACCAAGGGAACAUGAAACUCAACAGUAUGAAUAUUCUUUGCCUGUUCAUCCCCCACCUCUACCAUCACAGCAGUCCCUGCAACCUCAACAACCCAGGCAGAAACUUUUCCCCCACCCCACUGCUCCAACCGCCAUCCAGGGUACAGCCCAGAAGAGCCUCCUGCAGCCUGCAAUUUACCAGGGACAGCCGCCCUUGCAGCAAAAUGAGUCUCCAAUGAUUCUGCAGCAGGUGGCACCAUCAGAUAAGCCACCAAAGCCUGAGGUAAUGACUUUCUCUAACGGUAUGCAGUUGCCAGGAAUGGAUUUUGCUGAUCCACAAGGUCCACCAAUAUUCCAAAUUGCCCGUUUGAUAUCUCGAGGACCAGUGCCACAAAAUAAACAAUCUCCACUUUAUCCAGAAAUGUUUUACAUGUCCUAUGGAGCAAAUCAAUUGAAUGCCCCUGCCAGACUUGGCUUCAUGAGCUCAGAAGAAAUGGCGGGAGGCAGAGAAGGCCCCACGGCCUAUGGAGCUGUAUUCCCAGGAUUUGGAGGCAUGAGGUCUGGCUUUGGAGGAAUGCCCCACAAUCAAGCCAUGGGUGGUGACUUUACUCUGGAAUUAGACUCCCCGGUCGCUGCAACCAAAGGCCCCGAGAAGGGAGAAGGAGGUGCACAAGGCUCCCCCAUGCCAGAGGCCAACCCAGCCAAUCCAGAAAACCCAGCUCUCCUUACAGAUGUAGCUGCUGGCACCCACGGAGGGCUUCUUGCUUUCCCUAAGGGCAACAUUCCCAGCUUGGCAAGGGGCCCUGCAGGGCAGAGCAGAGGACCCCCCAGGGUCACUCCCGCAACCGCUGACCCACUGGUGACCCCCGGAUUAGCUGAGAUUUACGGAACCUACAGUGCUGACAUGACCACACCCCUAGGUCUCCAGGAAGAAGCCACUACUGAUACCACAGCGACCCCAGACACUCAGCAAACAUCAAUGCCAGGAAACAAGGCCCAGCAGCCCCAGGUUAUGCAUGAUGCGUGGCAUUUCCAAGAGCCCUGA